AGUCGGAGACUCCCAGACACCAGACACGUCGGGGCAGCUGCUGUUAGAGCCUUCAGAGAUGCGAGGCGUUUGGCUUGAUUGUAAAGCCUUUUCCAAUGCUACGAUUGCCUACUUACAGCACACGUUGGAACACUCGGAACGCCUUGUCGGCGUGCACCAGGCAAGACCACACGCAGCCCCCGCUGUGAUAGUAAGGCGAGACUGUUCCAUACGAACUCGUCCAACAGUGUUGCUCGGCAUUCACGUGUGACGUUUGCCUUCUCGAAUACCCUAGCGGGGGAAAACUUAUCUUGUCGAGGAUUGCAGCCCUUCAGUUCGAGAGGAGUAUCGCGACAACGGAUGCAGAAAAAGCAUUCCGAUCCUGCUACCGCGUGCUGGGUACGCGCUGCACGACACAUUGCCGGUGCACCAUACCGAGUCGAGCAGUUUGACUGGAAUGAUGAACCUCGUUCGCAGCACUGACACCUGCUGACAGACCGCGUCUGCGCGAAAGAGUCGGAGUGGAGGCAAGUUGAGUCGUGUGCUGUUGGUUGUUGAGUCCCAGCCGCGUGAAUUCGCGGGCCAAAUCCCGAGUCUUGGCAUCCAGGGGUCGACCUCGAACCUUUUGGUCAUGCCACGUCUGUCAUUAUUGUCUCGAUGUCUCAACAUCUACGGUGCCGCCUCCUUUUCUACAAUCCACACCAAAAAAUGUUACAUUGCCACUGUGCAUUGCAUUGUCAAGCCUGUGAGGGUUCCGGUUGAUGGUAUGAUGGCGUGGCGCCGGCCGUGGUCUGGAGAUCUAUGCGCGAACAGGUUGGUGAAGACAUCCAAUGGCAAGGGACAGUUAAGAAGUACAAGUGCAUUGGGAUAUAAGUCCUUUUCGGACAGUGGCCACCUGGAGGUUCUGCUCUGCUGCGUGAAGGUUUCAGAGCCACAUGAAGAUUCAAUGUUCCCGUUGAUUAAGUCGUGGAGGACGCACAACGUCGACCCAGCCUCGUCACGUGCAAGGCUGCCUCACCCCCUGAAGUGAUUUGUUGUCCUGGUCCACCCCAGCUUGGUUGCCCAUAUCACUUCCACAAGGGGAAUGCAGAAUCGUAAGUAAUGCAUACUUUCAAGUCUACAGCAAGGAGCAUAUGGACGCAUCACGUCCCUGCUAUAUUUUAUGUCAAUAGGUGUCCAAGGUCAAUGAGAAUCGCUCGAACCGAUAUCAGGAUAAUUGGUUUGUUAUUACACUGCUCCACUGGCAUGUCUACUACAGGAUGCCGCAAUCUCUUUACAUCACACCAGGGCUCUGCCGCAGCUGCUCGCAUCAGACAUGGCCUUUUCUCCACGAGCUCUAACAUCAAUCGCCCCCCAGAACCUUGAUCAAAGCCUAUGCGGAUUCGAGGCCUUCAUUAUCGUCAAGACCAACCUUAACCAUCUGUACUGUACUUUGUGCGGUAUGAUGGAAGGUGAAUCUUUUCUCGCCCUUUCCCAGGUAAGAGACACCUCGGGCUCGUGCCUCUUACUCACUGGCACUAUUCCGCCCUGGCUUUUCGGUGUCGACAGCAAUCAAUAAGAUUGCGACAAUCAAAACAUGUCCAUAGACAGCAUCGUGGUGAUCUACCUACCCCAAUUGACGCUUCUAGGGCACCACUACGAGGCGUAUACACCCUCCACUUUGCCACUUCCAGGAGGCCAUUCUAGCGUCCUCAGAGGUCAAUUGUCUGUGGGAUUUGUACCUGGGAUGGAGCGUGCGAGAUUUUUAUGUCAUUGUACCCUCAUGUGUGGCAAUGCGCUCUGGAAAGGGGCGCCUCAAGAACAUCCCAAGUUCGAGUGCCUGAUCAGAAUGGUCGACCGCCCAUUGGAGUACAUGCGUGCAGUUACACUGUCGAAGAACAACGCACGAGGAAGACACUCAGACGGCAAGGCAGGCAGCCAGGCUAGUUGUGACGACAUCGUCGAAGAGGGAAGUGGCAUAAGCUCACGCGGGGCCGGUAUACUCUGCCGACCCUCGACGAGGCACGACAUUGUCGUCUACGAGACUUUGAAGUUUUGAAGUGGUAGAUGACCGUUCUGAGUGCAUGCAUGUCCCGUUCCGGCUGCUUCGGGCUUUCCACUAUGCCACUCUCCGAAGAAGAAAUCCCCCAGGCAGAACACUGCCGACACAACUGUUUCGGCAUCAAACGCCCGACAUAUACAGUGUCCGGGGACAGGCUCCCUUACCCCAGCACUCCCCAACGCGAACGGAACAACUGCCGAGUCUAACAACUAUCUAUUACUUCCAUGUCACUCUGGCCGUGUAUGGUUAUCCCAUGCUACAUUAGACGUUUGGGCCAAUCAACCCGCGAACGAAUGAAGAACAAAGGACCAUGAUUUCUUCGCCUUUGACGCGGGUAGCCGACCAUUUUAUUGCUAAACUUAGACCUAUGCUUAGCUCAAGUAGUAUAGGCAAAAGGCAAACCAAAUCCUUUUGCCGGGUCAGCUUUAGAGCAUGGGGCAGGCUGUUGCAGAUACGAUGGGCGCGCGGCUUUGAAACACAUCAGCCAGCGAAUCAGAAACCCAAAACCUACCAAACACAAUUGUAGAGCCCAUAGGCCCUGCAUUUCAUGUCGGGUAGAGAACGUUUUCCAAAUACCAUGAUGGAAUAUACGCUCGGAAACCUACUCCUGGAGGAAAUGCAUCCGCAUCUCUGUCGUGUAGGGCGGACAAGGAUUCUCCCGAGCGAACCAUGGUUAUGCCUCCACAACAGCGUAUUGGCAAUUGCUUCCUCUGCCGCUGAGAAGACACGAGUGGAAGGAAGGCAAAUCUCCGCUUGAGUUACUGACUGUCAAUUCGAUGCAGUGCGGCAUUGGCUACAGUCGAACCGGUUGUCUGAUUUGAUUCUCUCCUGUGGUAUGAGACGUGCAUGCACCGCCACAAUAUCUCAUGCAGGGUCCGACGUUGAACAAGGAACCUGGGGAAACGUUGAGCCAGCACGGUCGACGUCAACAAUAUUGACCAUUCACAUUUGACCACGGUGUUUUGGGUACGGGUUAAUUGAAUUUGCCCGAUGAGCAGCCGCUGCUACCUAGGUAGGUUCUGUUCAUGUGCCUUUCCUCUGGGGACGAUAGGGCGGUGUUUGUCAUCGUACGAGCAUUGACCACUGCUUCGUGCUAGCGAUCGUACCAGGAGUACUGUGGUGUGGGAGGCAAAGCAACACCGGACAUGUAUUGCGGUAGUAAAGCGAAGAAACACCGAUAAUUAGGACAUUGUGAGAAUCAGACAAAUUGGAGGGAAAGGGGAGAAGACAAAUAUCACAGCGACCUCACAAUCGACUGAAACUCCAAUCAGACCAUAAGUAUGGUGAGCGUCAUCGCGCACUCAUUAGGCACAUUGUACGGCAAAUGAGCCAUUUGUUCACGGCGUACCGUACAUACUUAGGUACCUUUGGGCCUCAAACACUCUUCGAUCCAGCCCG